AUGCCAUCCCACCUCCAUCUCUGUCCCCGUUUCCAGCAGGAGGGGGAGGAGGUGGGGUGUUGGCCCGUGGGGGACGGCUGGGGUAGGGGGAGUGGCGGAGUUGGCGUCUCAUGUAAGGGGGAGGUUCAGGGGGUGUGGGUGGAUGUUCCAGCUGCAGCAACUGCCACCACUCCUCCUCCUGUCAUCCCCCCGCCCCGUGUCUCCCGUGCUGCUACCCCAUCGUUCCCGUGCUCCCGUGCUCCCGUUCUCCCGCUCGUCCCGUGCGUUCCGUGCUCUCGUUCGUCCCGUGCGUUCCGUGCUCUCGUUCGUCCCGUGCGCUCCGUGCUCUCGUUCGUCCCGUGCUGCCCCGUGCUUCCCGUGCUCCUGUUCGCCCCGUGCUUGCCCCGUGCCCAUGCACGUGCUGUCCGCCCGUGUUCGCCGUGCUUGCCCCGUGCCCAUUCCCGUGUUGCCCCCGUGUUCCCUUCCUGCCCCGUUCUGCCCGUGUUGCCCCGUUCAGCCUGUGCCCAUGAUAAUACCCGUGUUCUGCCCGUUUCCUGCCCGUGUUCUGCCCGUGAUCCUGCCCGUGAUUCUGCCCGUACUGCUGCCCGUGAUUGUGCCCGUGAUCAUACCCGCGUGCUGCCCGUAUUUUGCCCGUGUUCUGCCCGUGAUCCUGACCGUGAUUCUGCCCGUGAUUCUGCCCGUGUUGUCGCCCGUGAUUUUGCCCGUGAUUCUGCCUGUGAUCCUGCCCGUGUUGCUGCCCUGUCCCCCGUUCUGCCCGUGCUCCCUGUUCUGCCCGUGCUGCCCCGUUGUGCCCGUGUUGCCCCUUUCAGCCCUUGUCCUGCCCCGUUCGGCCCGUGUUCUGCCCUGUUCUGCCCGUGUUGCCCCGUUCAGCCCGUGUCCUGCCCCGUUCUGCCCGUGUUGCCCCGUUCAGCCCGUGUUGCCCCGUUCUGCCCGUGUUGCCCCGUUCAGCCCGUGUCCUGCCCCGUUCAGCCCGUGUUCUGCCCUGUUCUGCCCGUGUUGCCCCGUUCAGCCUGUGUCCUGCCCCGUUCAGCCCGUGUUCUGCCCUGUUCUGCCCGUGUUGCCCCGUUCAGCCCGUGUCCUGCCCCGUUCUGCCCGAGUUGCCCCGUUCAGCCCGUGUCCUGCCCCGUUCUGCCCGUGUUGCCCUGUUCUGCCCGUGCUGCCCCGUUCUGCCCGUUUGUGCCCUACCCGUGCUGUCCGUACCCGUUGGUGCCCCACCCGUGCUAUCAGUUCUCGCUCGUGCCCCACCCAGUCUGUGCUGCCCGGUCUCGUGCUGCUCGUCACCCCCGUGCGGCCCGUCCCGUACAGCACCUAGUUGCUACCCGAACCCGCUACCCGUACCCGUGCUCCUUGCACACCGUGCACCAGCUGCGGGGCGUUCAACCGCAGCCGGGCACCUGUUCCACCGUGGUGGUUCAGAUGCUGCUUGGUGGUUGCUGCUUGUCAGCUUCAGAGGGGGCCCCUUGCUGGUGUUCCCACGCCCUGUAA